AUGAACGUCGCUGACGAUGCUACCAAGUGGGGCAAUGGUCCCAAUUUCUGUUCCACCAGUAGAUGGUUCGUAGGACCCGAAUUCUUAUACAGUCCGGAGGAUGAAUGGCCAAACCGAAAACCGAAUGUAGCAGAGACGCCUGAAGAAAUCCGAUCGGUUCAUAUUCAUCGCGGGACCAACAGUGUACAGCUGGUUGACUUUUCUAAGUUUUCGUCGUUCGAACGCCUCGUCAAAGUAUUCGCCUACAUCCACAACUUCAUCGAUCGUUAUCGUCCUGUUAGAGUCAACAGCGAUUCUGAAGUGGUACCUACGCAGAAAGAUUACGAAGCCGCAGAAAUAUCGAUAUUCCGGAAAGUGCAGAGCUCGGCGUUUCCCGAUGUAGUAGAAGCUCUUCUAAAAAUAACCGAUCUUCCUGAAGCAUGCAAAAAGAUUCCGAAAUCAAGUUCGUUAGCUAAAUUGUCGGUUGUAGUGGACGAAAAUGGCAUUUUGCGGGCCUCAAGCAGGAUCAACUCUCUGUAUUACUCUGACGAUUUCCGGAACCCGAUAAUACUUCCAAGAUCUGACCAUGUGACAGCACUAAUCGUUUUGAGAUAUCACCAACGUUACGGCCACGCCAACACAGAAACAGUUUUAAACGAACUCCAGCAGCUAUUCUACAUUCCGAAGUUCCGUGCCACAGUGAAGUCCAUUUUGAAAACCUGUAUGUGGUGCCGCGUCUACCGAGCCAAGCCUGACGUUCCAAAGAUGGCUCCGUUACCGCAUCCUCGAGUGAAGCCGUAUGUACGACCGUUUACGUUUACCGGCCUGGACUACUUCGGCCCACUGACGGUCAAAAGGGCGCGAAGCUCGGUGAAACGCUGGGUAUGUCUGUUUACCUGCCUCAGCGUCAGGGCAAUACAUCUCGAGGUCGUCUAUUCGCUGUCGACGGAUUCGUGCAUCAGAGCAGUUCGCAGGUUCGUAGCCAAAAGAGGUCCAUCCCAACACUUCUUCAGCGACAACGGCACAAAUUUUCGCGGGGCGUCGAGAGAGCUUAUCAACGAAGUCAAAGCCAUCAACCAGUGUGCAGCGAGGACCUUCACUAAUGCUUCCACCGAAUGGCAUUUCAAUCCCCCCUCGACCCCCCACAUGGGAGGGGUCUGGGAGCGCAAAGUAAGAUCGGUCAAAGAUGCACUGAAAACCAUAGCUCCUCGCAGCCCACUUGACGACGAAGAACUGAUGACCCUUUUGGCUGAGGUCGAGAUGAUAGUGAAUUCACACCCGUUAACAUUCGUUCCACUUGAUUCACCAAAUGCUGAAGUGCUCACACCGAACAGUUUCCUGUUGAUGAGUUCAAGCGGAAGUAAUGCAGCGAAAGUGCCGAUAGAUGAACCGACGGCGCUGAACACGAACUGGAAGGCGAUGGAUUACAUGCUGGAUCAAUUUUGGAAGCGGUGGAUUGCGAGUUAUCUUCCAACCAUAGCGCCUCGUACCAAGUGGUUUCAUGAUGUGAGACCCCUACGUGAAGGAGACCUAGUGGUGAUAGUCGACGAAAGCGUUCGGAACGGCUGGCUUCGUGGAAGAGUGUUGAAGACGUUUCCUGGAGAAGAUGGACAAGUUCGGCAGGUCGACGUAGCUACCAGUACAGGGAUUCUUCGCCGUGGGGUAGUUAAGGUUGCAUUGCUAGAUGUAUGUGAAGGUAAAGCCCCCUAA